GUAUUCAGUUGUGUUGUGUUAUUUUUGCUUUGUACUUGUUGGUUUACUUUUGAAAGUUUAAAAUGAAUAAAACCUGCGAUAUUUGUCAGGAGCCGGGAACCUAUAAGUGCCCUACAUGUUUAAUAUUUUACUGCUCAGUCAAGUGCUGUAAACAACAUAGACAAACUUCUUGUGCAGUGGCAAUAUAUAAAAACACCUCCCAAAAGGAUGGAGAAGUGAGUAAUGCGACGAAGAAAAGAAAAAUAGACCCGCCAGUAUCAUUUGAUACAAAAAAGUUGAAAUCUUUGAAAACUGAUGAGGAACUGAAUAAGUUAUUGACCAACAGCCAUUUGAGAAGUCUCCUAAUUACUGUCGAUGGAAGUGAGAAUGCAGAUGAAAUCAUGCAGAAGGCUAUGCAAGAACCGAUUUUUGUAGAAUUUGCUGAUGCAUGUCUAAAAGCUGUGAAUCAAAAUUUUGAUAAGAGUACCUAAAGGCUGCAUCUCAUCUAAUAUCGUAGAUGAGGAAGAGUUCCCUGCUCUUCUCUGGGUUUGUGGGCCAACUUUCAUCAAUUACCAUAGUGAAGCAAACUAGCCGAUAUUAUUAAGUCUGAAGGAGUUUUUAACAGUUGAAGUUGUUAUUUACUAUGGCAAAAAUUCAUGUACCUACCUACAUUUAUAUGUGAUUUGUUUACGAAGUCCAUGGGACCUCGUAAACAUGAAUUGACUCUUAGACAGCACAUGUGAAAUGCCUGAAUGUGAUCUUUCUAAAAGUAAUUCAAUGUUAGUCAAAUUGAAUGUUUCAUUCUAAACCCCAUUGAAUUUAGGAUAGUAUGACAACAUUUUACGGGACAAAUAUGAUUUUGUAAAAAUUUCACAUGGUGUGUUUUAAAGUUGAAGAAUUUUUUUUUACAUGCUAUAUGUUCAAGAUAAGGUGGGUCAGCAUGGAAAAAUCAGUUGAAAUAUAUGAAAUUUCGAAUAGCCUCAGAGAUGUUCAAAAAGAACCUAGUCACCUUGUUCAUAUUUAUUUUUUCAAGACUUUCUAAAGAAGAUAAUGAUAAGAAAACGAGUUUUCCUAUGUGAGUGCUACAAUGUAGCAUUCGCAGAGUUUCAAUCGGAAGUUUCAUCUUCCAGAAACUAUCACCAAUUUUAAUAUUUUGUAUGAACCGAAAAAAAUAAUCAUCCGGUAUAAGUUAGCUGUUUUGGCGACAACUCUACUGAUGUAUCACCGUAAGCAUUGUCUGUGAAAAAGCUCGGUUUCGUUUUUUCCAUGCUGGCCCGCCUUAUCUUUGACACAGUGUACAUUUUUAUAUAUGUAACAUUUUACUUGUCUACAGAGCAGAAAAUGAUAUAUUUUUUGUAAAUGAGGAAUGAUAUUUUUCUUGUUUUUCGGCUUUUUGUGGGACACUUCAUGUAUGUGUAUUUUUCAUUUUUUUUACAUUGGAAGGAAAAGAAUAGCUUUGUUUUGAUAAAGGUAACAUAAAAAUCAUAACAUAAAAAUCAAAUAAUGAAUUUUAAGAUACAGCUAGACUUGAUAGAUUAUUCCUUAAUAUCCACAGUCAAUUUUAUCACAGAUAAAAAACUUGAUUGGUUCAAUUUUUCCACAACAUCAUCUUCACAUUAAUAUCUUAGAACAACAUAUAGAUUCUUAAUUUCAAUCUAACAACUUUUAAAAUAUCUACAUUUUCAUUAUAAGUUGAAUUACAGUAAGAGAUGAGAGUUUCAAAUUUAAUGUGAUUUUCUGUAUUCAUGCUACAAUGAAGGAUUUUAUCUCCCUCCAAUUUGAACAGUUAUUAUUCCUUAUAGUUCUAGAAAAUUUUUGCCAUUCUUCAAGAAUUUUGAUAGUUGUAUUCAUUUUAAUAAAAACUCUUUGUUGAAUAAUUUUUUCUGCAUAUAAAAAAAGGAAAUUAGAAAAUUGUAAGGGUAGUGACUUGAUUUCUCAGAUCUAUUUUCAUCAGCCAGAUCAUCUAUAAUGUUUAAACAAUAGGUAUAUUUACCUAAGAAAUUUAGUUUUGUUUGGAUUUUUUUUCGAAAAAAUCCUCAGUAUAAAGCUCAUUCUUUAAACGAAUUGAUUCGAUGUAGCCCCCGACUAUGUGGUAAGAGAUCAUCAUGAAAAAUGAGAAAUAAAACCUUGCAUGUUUUUUUUCUACUUGUAUUUGUAACUAAUGUUACUGCAGUUUCAUCCUAUAAGAACAUUUUAAAACAAAUGCAAUAAACUCUUAUUAUAUUCGUUUGAAAAAGUUCUUAUAGGACAAAAUUACAGUUUCGUUAGUUACAAAUACAACUAGUAAAAAACAAAGUUUCAUUUUUCUUGAUUCUUUGAAUAUUUGCGUAAUAACCGUCAAGCAAACGUUGAAGUUGCUUUUGAUUAAUGUAAUAAUAAUAGAACUGAAGCAUGUAAGAGAAAUUCUAGGAAUAUGUUAUAGCUCUUAGUUGUUAAUCAUUCGAAGAAUACAUGCAUUUCAUCAUAUUUGAAAAAAAUUGUUUAAGAAACAGCAAAAAUUAUAGUAUAGACACGCCUGAAGAAGCUAUUGUAUAGCGAA